AUGCAAAGAACUACUUCACCUCAAAAGCGGUUAAAACAACAAGAGAGUCGUGUUCGAUUAGAACCAGAGUUAUAUCGUAAAUUAAAACAACUACAACAAAAACUUGGAUUUAAAACAUUAACUCAAUUAAUUGAUUAUUUAAUAAAUGAAUAUACAAAAUUACAACAACCAGAGGUUAAAGAUACUAUUCCACAAAGUAUUCCAUCUGAUACAUUUUGGAGUAGAGUACUCCAUGUAUUAAUGUUCAAUGGUAUAAUUGAUGCAAAUACUUUAUUACAAGGUACUCAGAAUGAUCCAUUUACACAUAAUCAAUUAAGACAAAUACUAAUUCCUCCUCAAUCACCUCAAGAAAUCCAACAAGAACUUCAACAAGAACCUCAUGAAUGUUUCAAACAAUGUAGUGAUUGUCUAAAUACUACCUCUUCUACUUCAACAAACUCUUCUUCUUCUACUUGUUUAGGUAUAUGUCCUCGUUAUCAACCCUCAUCUCAACCUUGUGCACAAGGUCUUUGUUAUACACUUUCAACAUAUUUCGAUGAUAGUGGAGAAUUUCAUUCAAAUUGUUCUUGUCCUUAUCAAAACCAACUCUAG